AUGGCUGCAGUGUCAGACCUGUACAUGCGUUUCCACCAGAUCCACGGAACUAAUGUGAUUCUGGAUGAUUCUCAGACUCAGGCCACCAGGGCCGAGAGCUUUGGAAACGGAGUUUGCUUCAGUAAAGAACCUUUGGACCCUGGCAAGAUUUUCCUCGUAGAGAUCGAAGAGAAAGAGUUAGGGUGGUGUGGUAAUGUCAGGAUUGGUUUGACAGCACAUGAUCCAAGAAAUCUAGAAUCUGUUCCUGAGUACUCCCUUCCUGAUUUGGUAAAUUUGGGGAACAGUUGGAUUUUUGCAAUAACCAGAAAUCACAAUAAGGUUUCUACUGAUGAUCAGCAGUCGGAUCCCGCUCCAACAUCGCACUGUUCCAUGGAGGCUUUUCUGCAAAUUGGAAAUUAUAAGGUCCCCAAGGAAAAACUGGUGGGAAGAAGCAGGCCAGGAAGGUACAGUCACAUCUUAGAUCAAUUGUACAGGUCGAAUAUUCUCCCUGCAACUGCCAGAGGAAGCAGAGUUGGGGUCUUGUAUGUCAUUCGUGCUAACAUGGGAGACAUGCAUAUUGUCAUCAACGGUGAGGACAUGGGUCCCUGUGCCAGAGGAAUCCCCGUAAACCAGCCUCUCUAUGCUGUUGUGGACGUGUUUGCCUCCACUAAAUCUGUAAGGAUUAUUCAAGUGGAUUAUGGUUUUCCAUCUCUACAGACUCUGUGCCGACAGGUUGUACAGAAGCACAUAAUGCACAGACUUGCCAUUGACUGGCUGGAACUACCAGCACUGUUAAAGAAUUACUGCAAAUAUGAAUGAAGCAGUGGUGUUGGGAAAAGGUUUUGAUCUUGACUCUUGAGGAAUACAGUAAAUCAAUUGGUUUUAUGCGUACCAUAAUGUCAGCAUCCGUACUACUUUUUGUGCCUUGGUUUCGUGUUAAGUCCAUGAUCUGUUGUUAACUGCAAACCCA